CCCAGAGGUCUCUCCCUGGAUGGUAACUUUCUUUGCUAUCCUGGCCAUCUGCUUGGCUUUGCUGAUUUUCUUGCCAUUGAUAUUUUAUCGGCUACAAGCCAAACACACCACAGAACUUGAGAAACGCAGUGCAGAAAUCCGGGAACGUGAUAUGGAAAUACAGAAACAUGCUGCAGAACUACGGUGGAGAAAUACUAUUGUCCCAGUGGAAGAAGUGCACAUCACUCUGGAUGCGGACACGGCACACCCCCAACUCAUCCUCUCCACGGAUGGGAAGAAGGUGCAGCGAGGAGACGUGCGGCAACCCAUGCCUGAUAAUCCUGAGAGAUACGACACCUACCACUGUGUCCUGGGCCAGGAGAGAUUUGUCUCGGGGAGAUGCUUCUGGGAGGUGGAUGUGGGGACAGAGAAAGGGGGGGUCUGGGCAAUGGGGGUGGCCAGGGAGUCCAUGAAGAGGAAGGGGUGGAUCAACCCUGCUCCGCAAGAUGGUAUCUUGGCCCUCUUCCACUGCAAUGGCAAGUACUGGGCUCUGACAUCUCCUGACCACACAGCUCUCGUCCUCAACCAGGUGCCCCGGAUGAUUAGGGUUUACUUGGACUUUGAGGGACAGAAAGUAGCCUUUUUCAAUGCUGACAACCAAGACCUGCUCUUUAGUUUCCCGCUGGCCCCGUUGAGCGGGAGAAGAUCCGUCCCUGGUUCCGCGUGGGACCAAUUGCCCAACUCAGCCUGA